GGGCGCUCGGAGAGGCCCCAGUCCGCUGCUGCCUCCAGGAUCAUUGGCAUCAGCCUCCAGGAAGCUCAGCAGAUCCUGAACGUCUCAAACCUCAACCCAGAGGAGAUCCAGAAGAACUACGACCACUUGUUCAAGGUGAACGACAAGUCAGUGGGAGGCUCCUUCUACCUGCAGUCCAAGGUGGUGAGAGCGAAGGAGCGGCUGGAUGAGGAGCUCCGCAUCCAGGCUAAGGAUGAGAAAGAGAAAAGCCGGAAAGCUGAGACGUGA